GGCUGUCAAGUGACGUAUGGUGCUGUCGUGGCGUUAGUUUCAGAGAGAAAGAAAGUCCCGAGUUGGAUAGCCGCUAAUUCGAUUGAUUCCUCAAUAAAAGCCACCACAAAAACCCGACCAAGAUGUCCCGUCAACUGUUUGCCAUCUGCCUGUUCGCCGCCGUUUGUGCGUCCGGAGUCUAUGGCAGCUGCAAGGCCACCGUGAGCUCCUUCAGCACCCAAGAUGCCACGAUUCUGACCCAACUGGCCCAUGUGGGCGAGUUCACGCUGCAGUGCAGCGGAUCAGCCCCCUCCAGCCUUUUCGCCGAGUUCCCCUGCGGCAAGGUGGUCCCAGUGGCCAAAGUCGGUGACGACAAGUACCAGGUGAGCUGGGUGGAGGACAUCAAGCAGGGCAGCAGCGGCAAUGUCCAGGUGCGUCUCUUCGACGAGGAUGGCUAUGCCAAUGUGCGCAAGGCACAGCGUGAUGGCGACAAGGUUUCCUCGGUGAAAUCCCUGCUGGACAUCUCCGUGCCCACCAAGGGCGCCUACAAGGGACCCUGGAUCAAGGCCGAGCUGCUGGCCGCCUUCCUGGUCGGCGGAUUCGCCUACUUUGCCUUCACCACCAAGGGCAAGGUGCAGUCCUAAGGACGCGGAUGCCUUCGUCAUCGAUUCCUUGAAUGAAAUUCAUUCGCACUAAAAUCAUGUAGCAUCAAAUUGGCCAGGUCCCCCCCAGAGAUUUUUCCACAUUUUGUACACCUAAGUAUCGGAACACCUGCGCCGCCCCAACAUAAAUAAACGGAUCGAAAAAAAAACAAGAA